UCCCAAAUUGUACAGCAUAGCCGAACAACAGGAACGGCGAUCAGGAAAGAGGACUCCUUCCGCAUCGCUCCGGUCGCCGUCGCCAUUACUGCUGUCGCCGCUCUCCUCAUUGUCGCCGUCGCUGCCGUGCUUCCGUAUAGAUCCGACUACUCUGUUCAGGUCGUGAGCGACUCGUCCACUAUGUACCGAGGCACUGCACUACGAGUCACUCGAUAACCACUGGACAGACGAUCGUAGUUUUACGCCCUCCUUCCUGCCUCACGUAACUAGUAGCAGGGACAGGGACGUGACUUCCAUCUAGAGAGCCACAGCGGUGGUCAAGACCAGACCGGCUUUGACGCUCAAAAGAUGACAGAUGAAGAAAAGAAACAAAGGUUGCCAAGCUACAGCAUUCGCAGCUCGCUUCGCCCUUCAGUUCCAGGUCCCUCAUCCUCAACCCCGGUUCUUGUCUUGGUCCUUGUCCAUGUCGCCUACGGUGCCGGGCGCGACGGCAUUGCUGCGGUAAGUGCACGCUCCGGCCCGAGGAGAACCAGCCAACAGGGUCAAGUUGCGAAAGUCUCAUGUUCCACUGUGCCAUCGUACAACACUUUACUCAAACUCAGACCCUGGCCCGUGUUCUGCCUAGUCUGCAUCUGGCUGCUUCAGGGAACGCAAGAGGUUAGGCGAGGACAAAUUGCCGGCCUGGUCGUGCUGGAUCGGGACCAGGUAGGGACUGCAAACGGAAGCGGAGUGGUCAAGUAG